GAGACCUGAGAGUGAAGGUCGCGCAGCUGAGCUUAAGUUUUUCCUUUCUAGUGUUCAGUCUGUGCUGCGCGGACCCCCUUACUCCAUCUUUAGGGUCUCCGAGGUUCUGCGGGCGUAACAGCCCAGCUCCCGCCGUCCGCCCCAGAUCGACCUCUAAAGACUCAUGUUGCCUGAGGAAGAAGCCCGGAAGAGGAGGGAGAGGAAAGAAAAGGAGUCAGGAAUGGCUCUUUCUCAGGAAUGGUUGACCUUCAAGGAUGUGGUCAUUGAGUUCUCUCAGGAGGAGUGGGAAUGCCUGGACCCUGGUCAGAGGGCCUUGUACAGGGACGUGAUGUUGGAGACCUGCAGGAACCUGGUCUCCCUGGAUAUCUGUCCAAUACAUGUGGUCAAGCAAUUACAACCCAAAGGGAACAGUGAUCCAGGAGAAGUAUUUCAAAGAGUGAUCUUGGGAAGAUCUAAAAGUCGUGAAAUCAAACAUUUUUACCUCACGGAAAUCCAGGAAAAUAUGUAUGACUUUGAGUGUCAGUGGAGAGAUGAUGAAAGAAAUUACAAAGGAAUGCCUAUAACCCAUAAUGGAAAUCUCACUGAUAGGAUAGAUCCACAUGGUAGAAGGGCUGCAGGAAUCAAGCCCAUUAGAAAUAGGCUUGGAUUAAACUUUCAGGGUCAACUGCAGGUAUUUCAAACUGACAGGUUAAUUUCUGAAUGUAAUGAAGUUGAGAGGUCCAUCAACAAUAGUUUCUCAUUUUCACCACUUCAAAGAAUUCCUCCUAGUGUCCAAACUAACGUUUCUAAUGUAUAUGGGAAUGAUUUUAUGCAUCCUUUAGUACUGACACAAGAUCAGAAAACACACAGGGAAAGAGAUUUUAAAUGUACUGAGUGUGGGAAAACCUUUAGUCAUGGCUCAAUUGUCAGGAAGCAUCAGACAACCUAUUCAGAAGAGAUAUUACAUAAAUGUGAUGUAUGUGUCAAGGGCUUUAGUACAAAUUCACACCUUGCAGUUCAUGAGAGCAUUCAUACGGGAAAGAAAUCUUACAAGUGUAGUGAGUGCGGCAAGGUCUUCAGUCAAAAAACGGCCCUUGCAAAUCAUCAGAGAAUUCAUACUGGGGAGAAACCUUUCAAAUGUAACGAGUGUGGCAAAACCUUUAAUCGCUACUCAAACCUCAGUAGGCAUAAGAUAAUUCAUACAGGAAAGAAAUUAUAUAAAUGUGAUGUAUGUGGCAGUGUCUUUAGUCGAAAAUCAAACCUUGCAGAUCAUCGGAGAGUUCAUACUGGAGAGAAACCUUACAGAUGUAACGAGUGCGGCAAGCUGUUCAGUUACAGUUCACACCUCUCAACUCAUCUGAGGAUUCACACCGGAGAGAAACCUUACAAAUGUAAUGAGUGCGGCAAGGUCUUCAGUGAAAAGGCAACUCUUGCAAAGCAUCAGAGAAUUCAUACUGGAGAGAAACCUUACACAUGUAAUGAGUGUAGAAAGGCCUUUAGUCAAAAAGCACAUCUUCAACUUCAUUGGAGAGUUCAUACCGGAGAGAAACCUUUCAGAUGUGAUGAGUGUGGCAAGGUCUUCAGUCGAAAUUCACACCUUACAAGUCAUCAGAGAGUACAUAUCGUAGAGAGACCUUUCAAAUGUUUUGAGUGUGGAAGAGCCUUUACUGAGGUCUCAACCCUCACUAAACAUCAGAAAAUCCAUACCUGAGAGAAAUUGUGUAAGUGUGAUAUAUGUGGGAAGGUCUUUAAAUCUCAAAGUAGAAAAGAAACUCUACAAAUAUCACGAGUGUGGCAAAGCUUUUAUGUGUGUAAGCCUCACUUAGGAUCAGAUAAUUCAUACUGGAGUGUUAUAUUACAAAUGCAAUGAGUGUCUCAAAGUGUUUAGUCAAAAUGCUUACCUUAUGAUCCAUGACAGAAUUCAUAUUGGAAGGAAUGGUGAGAAAUGUAAUGAGUGUGGUAAGUUCUUAAGUGUGCUUUCAGGCCUAACUUGCCAUCAGCUGACAUAUACUGGUGAGAGCCCUUAAAAAUAUAAUGAAGGUUGUAAUGCUUUUAGCAGCUGUUCACAUCUUAGGCUUCCUGAGAAUAUUCAUACUGGAUAGAGCCCAGAUACAUGUAUUUAAUGUGGUCAGGCCGUUGAUAAUGCAUUCUGGAAAGAAUCUUCACCAGUGCCAUGAAUGUGAGAAAUCUGUUCUCAUGGCUCACAUCACACCAAUAAUCAGGUAGUCUGCACUGGACAGAAUGUUACAAAUGUACUGAAUUUUGCAAAGCUUUUAGGUUGUGCCUUAAACUCAGGGAUCAUCAAAUACUUCAUUCUUUAAAAUGCAAUGAAUAUGUCAAAAUUUAAUAUAUUGCUUACUCGUACUUAAAUACCAGAAUAUUUAUCUUGGAGAGAAACCGCACAAAUGUAACGUGUGUGGCAAGGAUUUUACCCAAACAUCACAGUAUGUUUUACCCAGCAUACUGGAGCGAUAACUCCCAAAUGCAAUGGGUGUGCAAAACCUUUACGUUGAGUUCAAGUAUUAGGGAGCAGCAGAGAGUCCAUAUUGAAGAGAAGCCAUGGAAAUGUGAAUCGAGGCUUUAUCCAGGCCUCCCAUGCACUGAACUUUAGAAUACACAUCUUUAAGAGAAACCACAGAAAGCAAUAUGCGUGCUAAGGCUUGUAACUGAAGAACAAAACUGUGGAACACAGGAUUUAUGUUGGAGAACAAGAUUUCAAAUGUUAUGAAUGUUGUAAAUAUGGAUACAUCCAGUAAGUUUGGUGUAAUGAGAGAAUUCAUACAGGUUAUAAAGUGUAUACGUGGAAAACUCUUCAUAAAUCAGUGCAUUCUCAGCGUUUAACAAAAAACUCACGUUUGGGGGAAUUCUUACAAAUGUAAUGAAUUUGUUGAGUUUUUUCAGCAGUUUUUUCAACAGACCACACAUCAGAGAAUGCAUACUUGGAAUAAACAAGUCUUUAGUUGUCUGAGGUUAACCUGAGAUAUUAUAUACUGCAGAAUCAUUACAAGUCACAGUGUGUUAAAAGUUGAUGUGUAUGUGAGAGGGAGAAGGGCAUGUGUUGAAAUGGCCCAUUGUCUUCAGUGUAUAAAUAGUCAGUUAUUAGGGUUUUCGUGAAGAGGCUACAUUCAUAUUUACGCCUUUCAACCUGAAGUUUGAAGUAACACGGAAGAACAAAUCUGAGUCCAUAUCGGACCUGUUUUCUUUUACUUUAACCUUUGUAUUCUGUUGCUUUCGUUAGAAGUGAAUCAGUAAAGGGAUGUUGCCUGUAAGCUUAAAUUAUACAUCAUGGGCCAUCUCUGGGAACCCUGACUUCCUUGUAAUGAGCAUUAAAGUAAAAUACAUUUUUUAGCUCCCAGGAAACAUCCUGACAAGGCCCUCCUGUGAAUGCCUUCAGGAAGGAAGAAAUUAACACAACCCCUCCGGAAUGUCAACAAAAAAAUCAAUCAGUCAGUCUAAGAAAGAAAUGGAAAAUUUUAUUCAAGCCAAAUUUGAGGAUGAUAACCUGGGAGGAGUGUCUGAGAAAGCUCAGAACUAUUCUGCCCAUUAGAAAUCAAGGCACAGGGCUUCCCUGGUGGCGCAGGGGUUAAGAAUCCGCCUGCCAGUGCAGGGGACACGGGUUCGAGCCUUGGUCCGGGAAGAUCCCACGUGCUGCGGAGCAGCUAAGCCCGUGCGCCACAACUACUGAGCCUGCGAGCCACAACUACUGAGCUCGUAUGGCACAACUACUGAAGCCCGCGCACCGCAACAAGAGAAGCCACCGCAAUGAGAAGCCCGCGCACCUCAACGGAGACCCAGUGCAGCCAAAAAUAAAUAAAAAAUUAAAAAAAAGAAAUCAAGGCACAGUUACAUAAGUUUUCUAAGACAGAGAGCAGUACGACACGUGACAUAUUGACAGUUUACAUAAUCCAGAUCUAAGCGUCAUCGCAGUGGGUCGUGUGACCCUUACAAGAUCAAGAAGGAAUGCUAUCUUUUAAGUUUUCCUGUUGAUGCUAGGAGAGUUGCUCUUUAUGGUUGAGUAUGUAUUCUGCUGAUGGGGGAGGUUUGCUUGAUACAUAAUGCAAAUACACAGUUCACAGUGGGAGGAGAGAGGAGGCCAAAGGGCCGAGAGGAAUUAAUGUUUAAAUAUUCCUGUCUUGCCAUAAUAGUUGAAUUUUAUUUCACAGGAGUCUGACCUGAACCAGGACUUUACUCCCUCCGCUUUUACUAUAAAGAGCCUGAUUUCUAUCUCAGGACAUGUGAUUCUUUGCAUUGCUAGUCCCCCAUUUUCUCGGUCUGCUGGAUUUCAGAAUAACGUCACUAUUCCUUGCCCGCAAAAGUAGUCUAUUUUUUGGCCCGUUGUGCAGCGAGCCAUAAGAGCUUGGCCUCGGUGACAAGAUAAUCUUAUCUCUUCAUUACAGGCCUUUGUUGAUGGUCUCUGGGAAGAAUCAGUAACAUGAGGGGGCCAACUUCAUUAGGUGUGGUUCAUGCACAUCCAUGUUCCCUGGAAAAACAAGGACCCUGAAUUAUCAAAUUCAGUACCAUGUGGAUUAGCAACAGGGAGAGGCAGAGAAUAAUGUAAAACUGUGAGUUGACUCAUCAUGGUGAUGUUCAGGGUGCCCUUCCAUAGAUAAGCCAGUGUGGGUAUAGUGCAGAAUGCUCUACCAGCUGACCAUGAACAAAGCAGGAAGGACAUGCAGGGACUGGGCUUUUCGUGGGAGGAGAGUGACAGGUUAUUAGGGACUGAUUAUGUGGUAGGAACAAUGCACAAGAAAACUUAAUCACUUUAUCCAUUGCACGAGCGUAUGUGUUGUCUCCAUCUCUGACCAAGGAAGAAAUUGUCUAAUUUUUGGAUAUUGAAGAGAGCAUUUAUCUUCAGAGUGAAAUUUAAUCAGAAGCACCAGAAGUAUGUGUAUGUUUAUGAUUCACGUUUUAAUUGCUGCCAUUACAUUUUGCUACCGUUUUAUUGAGAAUGUACCAUAGGUCUCCUGUUUUAAGUAAUAAAAUUUAAUCAUCUUUUAAA